AUAAUGUAGAUAGUUACGUUUCGUCCUAUCUGGCUCUAUCUACUGGAUAAGAUGAUAAGUAUUAUUAUCUGGUGCACAGUAUAUUAUUCGUUUUUUUGCAUGUGGUAUGUAUGCAUCUAAAUCUUAAACGAAAAACAUAUCGACAGAUGGCUUAAGAUCAUGUUAUGAUUUAAUAAAUUCCAAUUAAAUUCGUUGAAAUAUAUGGAAAAGGAAAUAAUAGGAAGUGUUGUAAGAACGUAUGCCGUAUUAAUGCAAAGGUUAUAAUUACGAAAUUAUUAAUUCGAAAUUGAAAUUUUUGGGAGGAAAUAUAUUUGUGCAUCGAGGGAAAUAGCAAUCGAAACAUGGCGUUUGUUUCUUUAGUGAGCUUCGAAAUUACAUUUCUUAAGGUCGUAGUACUUUCGUAACUUCGGCUGUUAUACGGAGUACGACGUAUUUUUUUAUAUUUCCGAAUGUUAUCCCGAAAUAUUGUCAUUAUUAUUCGAAUCGAUAAUUAUGUAGUAUAGAUCAUACGAAAAUUUUAAAGAAUGAAGAGAUAUAUUGUUAUUUGUGUCUUAUGGGAUGCGGACUGUAUUUGAAAUAUCGGAAUAUCCAAAAUGACGUCUCGCAGUUAUACUAAAUCUUACAGUCGCAAGGUCAAUAGUGUGACACCUGGGAGCAUUCAAUUUGAUAAGCUUUUUCGAGAAAAUAGUAAUAGACCUUCUGCUGCCAAGUCAGCAGGUACUGUUGGAAAAUGGGGUAUAACAUCAUUUACAUCUAUCAGAAGCACGAAUAUCAAUGGAAGGAGAGAUAAUAUUCACAAUUCAUUUGGUGCAAAAAGGAUGAAAAUUGAUUACAGUAACCAGAAUACACGUGUGAAUUCUGGAAAAGAUCCUUUUUCAUUUGAAAUUGAUCCAACUAGUAAGACAGACACCACACCGGCCGUUGUAAAGCCGAAGAAAUUUUUUAAAAGUAGAAAUGUACCACCAGUAGUAGAAGAAUCUCGCCAGGAUGUGGCAAUAUACAGACAAGUACCUGAUUCACAAUAUGGUAGAGCACGCGCUCCAAAGCAGCCUCAACAACCCCUGCCAAAACAGCCCUUACCAAAAGCAAUUCAUACUCCUACAAAGAAAGUAUCAGAAAGUGUAGAUAAUACCGGUAAUGAAACAUCAAAUAGAGAAGAAGGAAAACCUCCAAUUGUCUUAAGAAUAUGUAAGGGUACUGCAAGAUUAGUAUGCGGAGAUGUGCAAAAUAAUCAAGAUCAAGAACCUGAAACUUACAGAAUUUCUACACCUCUUACUAGUCCCUCUAAAAUAGAUAUUGAACGUAAAAGUAAUACAGAACCAUCAAUCAAAACAGAUCUUAAGACAACUCGUUCUCAGCAACCAAUUGUAUCGACAGUAUCAAUACCAUUAGAAAAUUCUGAUAUGCGACGAACAACUCGUAGUCGUGCAAAAAAUUUACAUCUAGACAUAACAGGUUCUUCUGGUGUUACUACAGCGUCAACUACUUCAAAUACGCAUAGUUCUGGACUCUCCUUAACUCUCAGAAAAUCCGUUACGGAUUCCAAUAACACUCUUAUAUCCCAUUAUGAUAUUGUUAAGACUGAUUGUAGUUCAACGUAUCCAUGUAAACCAACGAUAGAACCUUUAAUUGGACGAGACCAACCACUGCCUACCACAACUCAAGAACUUAUUGAUAUUCUUUCGAGUGAUGCAGAUCCUAUGCAAACAAGACCAAUGAUUUUAAAUGUCCCUGAAGCUGAAGAUAAUUCGGAAAUUACAUCAGAUGAGGUUCAACAUUGUUCUAUAGAUAUUCCUACAAAUGAAGUGAUACCUGAAACUAAUAGACAACCAGAGAAAGAAACAGAAGCAGAAGUAGAACAAGAAUUAGAACCAGAAGGUGAAACUGAGGUGGAACCUGAUCCUGAAACAGAAUUGGAAUCAUCAGCUCAUGCAGCUGAUUCUGAAACUGCAGCAGCUAAGACAUUAGUGGAUCAGGAUUGGUUUUCAGGUAGCGAUGAUAGUGAAGGUGUGAGUGGCAAUGUUGAAAAUGAAAUGCCUUUGCAUGUAACAAGUACAGUUUCAGAAUCACAAACCAUAAAUGCUCCUACAACAAAUGUACCAUCUAAGCCUGUUACUAAAAAGGGUAGCAUAUUUAAGAGUCGUUCAACAGGGACAACAAAUGGAAAUAAAAGACGUGCAUUGUAUAAACACAAGUGGUGUGAUAGUGAUAAAGAAUCUAGUACGACAGAUACUCCUAAUAUUGGAAAUGUAAUUCCAAAUAUAGCUUCAGGAUCACAUAGUACAACUGGAUCUGAAGCAUAUGCAGGAGAAUUUGAGACUUCUCAACUUACAAGAGUUGUGACUUAUCCUGAAACUGAUGUAGACUUUACAGAUGACUCUGAAGCUGUUACAAGUGUUCGUUGUUGCAGGAAAGUUAAAGGUUUUUACACUGUAGUAAAGAAUGUGAAAAAGGCCCAUCAAAUUCAAGAAAGUGGAGAAUUUCAGGAGUUUAAUGAUGAUGUUGAAUAUAUAUUGGAUACUUUAAGAGAAAAUAAUCCAAAUGCUACACGUUGCCUUUCAGCUAUACGCUUAGCAAGCAAAUGCAUGGCUCCAGCCUUUCGUAUGCAUGUACGUGCUCAUGGAACCGUUGCUAAAUUCUUUAAAGCAUUACACGAUGCCACUAAAGAUCAAAGUCUUGGUCUGUGUACAGCGACUGUAAUGUUUGUGUUAAGUCAAGAUCGUCUAGCGAUGGAUUUAGACCGAGAUUGCUUAGAACUAAUGUUAAGUUUAUUGGAAUCUGAUGCCAGUCAUAAAGAUGCGCUUGACGAUUGUGGCCUUAGUAGGGCUGAAUUAUUAAAAAAUAAGGAAAAAGUACGGCAGUUAUGUGCGGAUAUUCAAGCACAGGGACAUGCAAAACAUUUAAAUUUGGAUAAUAUUACUGUUGGGCAAUUAGCUAUGGAAACACUUCUCAGUCUAACUUCAAAACGUGCAGGGGAAUGGUUUAAAGAAGAACUUCGAGAGUUAGGUGGUUUAGAACAUAUUGUAAAAACAGUCAGGGAAUGUCAUCGCCAUAUUAAUGCGCAUGAUGUUACAAGAGGUGGUUGGACGGAACCAUUAUUAGAUAAAUUACGUAAAGUUGACAGAUGUUUACGUGUAUUAGAAAACGUUACACAUAUGAAUGAAGAGAAUCAAGUAUAUUUAUUAAAAUAUGAUGAUGGUAUAUUAGUAAGUACUUUAGCAAGUCUUUAUUACUUAUGUGGACAAGAGAUUCCCAUUUAUCCAACCAUAGACCCAAGUGAUAAGAGUUCAAUUGGUGCUGUUGUCAGAGAAUGUCUUUUUGCUAUUAUCAAAGUUCUCAUAAAUCUCACUCAUCGAUUCAAUAGACAAUCUUGUGGAAGCAAAUUAGUGGGAUCACAAAGUGGUGUAGUUGAUUGUAGUUUGUAUCUUUUAUUACGUGUACCAGAAUCGCUACCAGAAGAAAAAAGAUUUGAUAUGAUGAUGUUGGCAUUAAUUCUUUUAAUAAAUUUAGUAGAGCAAUGUGAUGAUAAUAAACAACAUCUUAUUGAGUCAAAGGCUCCUCCAUCUACAGAAAAUAUUUUUGAUGCCGAAGAAAGUGGUGUAGAGUCUUUGAUUGAUCUCUUUUAUAAACAAGAAGAACUGGCAAGAGCUGAAGAGCAGAAAACUGAUGCAAUUUUAGAUGGUAAAAAAGAUUCAGAACAGACAGAAACAGUAUCAACAACAACAAAAUCCCAGGAAGAAUUUAUUGAAGAAACUGUUACCAAAUUAUUGCAGAAAGCUGGACGCCACAUGGAACAUACUUUAAUAGGUGCAUAUGUUGUUCUCCUACUUGGAUACUUAAUAAUGGAUAACAAGGAUUACGAAUCACUCGUACGCAGCAGACUCCCAGAUAACAAUUUUUCCACAAUGGUAUCUGUACUUCAAAAGUUUUUCAAUUUUAUGAAUUUAACAGCAUCGAAUGAAGUAAGUAGUUGUGGAAUAGCAGCUACUGAAAAGGUAAUUAAGUUCCUAAAAAUGUCGGACGUUAGAACUGAAGAGGAGCGAAAUGAAUUACCAUUACCAGCAUUGGAAGACCCCAAUAUGAUGCUUGAUUUGACUUCAUCUUGAUUAAUAUAUUAUGCACAUAUUGACAGCAUUUUUUGUUUUACUGGCAUACAAAAUGAGCCAAAGUUAUCUAUGUCUGAGAAAGGAAUCCCUGUUACUUCAUAGAUUGGACACCUGUUUCGUAUUAAUCGUAUGUAUGUAUACGUGUAUAUAGACGCUCUCACGCGAUGUAUGUACAUGCAUACAUACAUACGUAUGUACUACACACAUACACACACAUACAAUAUAUAUAUAAAUAUAUAUAUAUUUAUUCAUUUACAUAAUUUAUUACUUUAUGUUUCAUUAAUUUUCAUGUGGUUUGCUUUUCAUUCACAGCAUUUUAGAUUUUAAGCUUUAGUUGUUACUUAAAUAUGGAGACAAAAGAAUGCAAAUCGUAGUGAUUGAUCUUGUAAUUAUAAAAACGUACCUCUACAUGAGUAUCAAUUGGAUAUCAUAAUUAAAUGAAACUUGUUCGGUCAAAUGGACAGGAAUAUUGAUCAUCAAUAAUAUUGUGAACUUUAUCAUAUAGAGUGUAGUUUAUUUGCUGUAUAGUAAUAGAUGAAUUUAUCUUUGUACAAUCAUUUUAAAGUUACAUAAACUGUGUUUUCAAACCUGUUAAGUAAUAAUUAAUAAUGUUGGGUAUAAAAUAACCCUUCAAUAUUCAAAAUAGUGUUAUGUAAGCUUAUUUUAAUAUUAAAAUUACAUUAAACUAUAAGCCUUGUAAAUGUACAUUUAUAAAUUAUAAUUGUAUCUUACAUUCAA